AAGUUGUCUUCCCCUUCCGUCAACCGUCAAAAUACAACAAAGCGAAACCUAUCCAGGUGGACAUGACUGCAGUAACGUCACAGUACGAGAUGACAGGACUGAAACUCAGCUCCAGAGUUGCUCCAUUCAAUCAGCACAUAGCUACAGAUUGUGUCAUGUUUGAAGCCAACUGCACGUACCCAGCAAACGACUGUCCGCUGAUGAAAGGCUGUAGUGACGAAAGUGACGAAUGUUACGGGUGCAAACACUUCGUGGGGACAUGCAGCUACAUGAGCGCUGCUGACCAGUGUUCCAACACAUCAUCGGGUAUGUCCACGCUUGAGAUCCAGCUGAGCUUCUCCCGUCGGAGAUGGAGUCACGUGUUCCAUACCUUCGUCCCUAGUGUCGUCAUUGUGGGCUGUUCCUGGAUCUCCUUCUGGCUCCAUCCACGUGACGUCACGGCAAGGGUCCAGCUGUGUGUCACGGCCAUACUGGCACUCAUCACAAUGGCAGGCAAUCGUAAGGAGCAUGGGAUCACAGUAGUCAGGGCAGAAGAUGUCUGGAUGUGCGGCGGUGUCCUCAUUGUCACAUUUGCUCUGUUUGAGACAGUUACCGUCAACUCCAUUCUCAGCGGAAAUUUCUUCAUGCCCUCCUUCUGUAAGCGCCGUAGACCACGAGUUGAGCCGACACCAGGACCUUCGACAGCUUGGGCUGAAGAGGAGGAGACCACGGAAACACCAUCUCCCGAGACUGCCGACAGGAUCGACUUCUUCUCCAGAAUCCUGUUCCCAAUUACUUUUACUGUCUUUGUAUCCGGAUUCUUUCUGCACUAUUUAGGGUGAAGACAUGUUUAUGAUUAGCACAUUGCUUGGUGUCCUGCUCCUAAAACAUUAUUGAAUAUCUAAACAUUUUUGUGGGUCAGCUGAAUAUGAGAUUUGGCCGAAUGAGAAAUAACGUUGGAUAAGAGAAUCGCUGGGGCAAACAACGGCUUAACUAUUUUAAGAUUUGCUGUAACCUUCCGAAAGACGGUACGAAAAGAAGUGAAAAGCCAGGAAGACCUUUAUAAAACUAUAUCGCUAGAAUUGAAAUGCCCGGAUGAUUUUCGUAAGAAUAAACAAACGACUUAGGGAUAGGUAAAAAUGUGUUCGACAUUGUGUGUGUGCCCGUGCUUGUGAGUGUGUGUGUAAGUAAGUAUGUGAAUAUGUUUAAAUAGAUAAUACAUACUAUUUUUAUUCAGACUAUUGUAUAUAUAAGCCUUAGAACUGUAAUUCCGACUGGAUUUAGUGAGCAUGACAUUGUUUGGCGCUGUUAUAGUUUUACGCUGGAGUGUGAUAUUAUGAUGAAGCCAUAUUUUUCAAGAACUCAUAUCAAUACUACUGUCACCAUAUUUCAUAUGAUGCGUAUCAAGAGGCAAAUUAGUAUGAACCAUAGUGGCGGUAACGGUUGUGCAUCGAAGAAAGAAAAAUAAUGACAAUAACAUGAAUCGUUGGUAUUUUGGGAGAUGAAUUGACCUGUUUCCGAUGCUUUACUCUCGUCAGACAAUGUUACCAAGUAUAUUACAUUGAAAUCCACGAAGGUCAUGCAAUGGAAGCGCCCUCGCUCGAAUAAUGACCAAAUUACAUGCAAAUCAGUUGAUGAACAAUGAAUCAAACCUAAUACAGUAGAAGCCGUUUAAUUGCACGGCCUAUUUGCCAGUGAAUUUCGUGCUAUUAUCCGGCUGGUGCAAUAAUGCGAAGUUAUCUAGCUGGACCGCACCAGUUUGGGAUUUGUGGAUUCUGUGCAGUUAACAGAAGUGUGUGUUAAUCCGUUGUGCAAUUAACUGGCUUCUACUGUAUCUACAAACAAAUCAAGAACCCAAACAUUUCAUUUAAUCGGGUUUGAUUCAUCUCAAGGUCAUGACACAUGCAGUUGGCAAAGUAUUUACACUAGGUGGUGGUGGU